AUGAAAUUUGGAAAGACAUUUCCCAAUCACCAGGUACCAUCAUGGUCUCAUCAGUAUGUGAAUUACAAAGGCCUAAAAAAACUGAUUAAAGAGAUCACAGAGCAGCAAGAGAAGCUUUAUAGGGAGGAACAUGCAAAUCUCAAGGAUAACAAUCAGCCACCUACUAAAGUAAGAGAUUCCUCCAAAGUAGAACAGAACUAUAUGGAUAAUGAGGAAGUGAAAAAGUUGUUAGCAUUUUUCUUCUUUGCCCUCGACAGAGAUAUUGAAAAAGUGGAUAAUUUUUACAAUAUGCAAUUUUCUGAAUAUGAAAGAAGGCUGAGAAAACUGACGUCUAGUGCUCAGUUUGCUGAUAUCAAUAAUUCCUUAAUGAUACAAUCUGGUAUAUCUUUAGUACCAAGGGAUUUGCAACAUCCACAGCCGAAAAUCAAUGGGUUAAAUCCUAAUUAUUCAAAUACCUCUCAACCUAUGAUGCCAUCAGUUUCCCAUACUCCUGAAGAUAUUUCUGAAGAUUUAGUGGAAGUUCUAGGGAUACUGGUGGAAUUAAGAUCACAUUUCCGUAAUUUGAAAUGGUAUGGUGAAUUGAAUAAAAGAGCUUUCACUAAAAUUUUGAAAAAAUUAGACAAAAAAGUUGGUACACACCAACAGCACGCUUAUCUACAGGCAAGAAUUUUACCGUUAGAUUUUUCUAAUGAUUCUGGAAUUUCAAAAAGUUUAAAUGCUAUUAACGAUUUCUUGGAUAAAGUUUCUUAUAAGGUCCAAGAUAAGGUGUCUAAUGGUACCAAAUUAUCUGAGGAGGAAAUUAGUGGUGUGGAAUCAAAAAACGGCGGUCUACCGAAUGAUGUGAUUUCUUUGCUCAUUGAGAAAAACGACGGUAUUGGACUGAUUAACGAACUGACAGCCAUUUAUAGAUCAUUGGUUUUAAUUCCAACUAGAAUCUUGGUUAACUUAUUGAAUAAGUCCGCAUUAUCACAAUCGUUUCAAUGUAUGGAUGAACUGCUGAAGAUUAUCCCUACGUUGAGAGACCCAACUGAUAUGAACGCCAGGAAUUUUUUCCAUCACCAUGUAAUUGCAUUAGGAAAGAAUCAUAAAAAGUUGAGUGAAUCUACAGCAAAGGGCGCUGGUUCACCUACUUUUGCUACCGUUAAUACUCAUUUAAACAGAUCCCAUGAUAGUAGUGUGGAAAAUGAGGAGAAUCUGGAUGAAAUCAAUAAUUUGAAUUCGCUUUUAAAGGAAACUUUGGAUCUAGAGGCGGCUGAAUUACCUGAUCAUAAUUCGAAAUUGAUUGGUGCAUUUGGUCCAGACGGUAUUAAUUCAAAUGAUUCGCCUGCAUCUUUAAUUCAUAUUCUAGAAAAAUUGCCUGCUCAUUUAAGACCAUGUUUGUUACAAAAAGAUAAUUACAAAAGAACACCUUUGCAUUAUUCUGCUCAAUAUGGUCUUGUUGAGAUUACCAGAAUUAUUAUAGAAAAUCUGGCUAACUGGGGCGCAUGGAAUCCAGACGUUUCCAUCGAUGAUACUUCCUAUUGGGGAGACAGUGAAUCUUUAACCCCAUUACAUUUGGCAGUCAUUGGAUCUCAUCCUCAAACAGUGAGAACUUUAUUAUCAUAUGUCAACAGUAAUCAAGUGGUGACUUGUCCUCAUUUACUUCAUUUAGCUACUAGAUUGAAUAGUGGUUCUCUGGUGGAAUCAUUGUUAUCUGCCGAGGGGUUUGAUUUGAAUUUCUGUGAUGAAGAGUCUCACGAAACUCCUCUUUAUUUGGCAAGUAAAUUGAAUUUGUAUGAUGCUGCAGCUUGUCUAUUGAAACAUGGUGCUAAUACGGAGUUACGUGAAAAAUUGUUUGGUUGGACCCCGAUCUUUGUUGCUGCUACAGAAGGUUAUGAAAGAAUCGUUCAACUAUUGAGAGACCAUGGUGCUGAAUAUGUGGUUUUUGAUGAUAGUGGUUGGACUCCAAUGGAACAUGCCGCUCUGCGUGGUCAUUUAAAUAUUACUAAAAUGUUGAAAAUUACUGAUCAUCCAGAAAUUUGUCACCCAAAGAUGCCAUCCGAUGAUAUGGAAUCUGCUACCAAUGGAAAUAAUGGUAAUCUGCAAUCGCCAUCACCAGAUUCAACUACAUCUCUAGCAACUCAAAGUGAUACUAGUACUAUUCACAGUAACUCUAAUGGAAUCGUUAACGGUAGUAAUGGUAGUGUUUAUGGUAAAUCGGAUAAUCAAAGCUCUAUUGAACAUAAACCAAAGAGUUCGAACACAAAGAUUAACCAUAGAGCAUUGUUAAAGUCAUCAACUCCUGGUGGUCAUCAUAAAUCACAUUCAAAUAACGGUGUUUUACAGCCGGUUAAAUCAUUUGGCCACAGAUAUUUGAAUAGCGAUGAAUCUCUUUUGAUGAUUACAUUAGGUGGUAACGAUUCUCGCAAUACAAAACCAGCAAUAUCGUUGAACAAAGUUCCAGUUUCGAAAGUUUCAUCUACUCAAUUAGAUACGGCAUUGUCCUUGGUAAUUAGUUGUGCUGAUGAUUUGUCUAAAACACCACAUGUAUUAGAUCUACCGUUGGAUGACAAUUUGGAUGCUAUUACUUUUAAAGUUCCUUCCAAAUCUGACCAUUCACAUGUGGUGUUUUUUGAUAUUGUUCCCACUUAUGGUUCGUUACCACCAAGGUCUUCAGAGAGCCCAUUUUCUUACCAUGGUGAUUUUAACACCCAUUCUUAUUAUAGAAACCCUGGUAUGUUGGGUUCAGAAGCAUCUUUGUCCUCUAGCAACAACACUUUUCGUAAUAACGGUUCUCCUAGGGUUCUUGGCCGUGCGGUGGCCCUGUUGUCAAAGACGGGUGCAUUUGUUGGAAUUAACCGUCGCUCAUUGAACGAUUUGAUUACAGUCCCCAUUGUGGCUAACGAAACUAUGGAUGUUCUGGGAACUGUGUCCUUUGAACAUUUCAUGGUUACUGCAUUUAAUCAUCCAAAAAUGUCUUUGGGACGUACUGAAACUUACUGGAAAUCUUUGGUUUCAACCAGAGUUAUAGGACAUCGUGGUCUUGGUAAAAAUUUUAAUUCUAAGAAAUCUUUACAAUUGGGUGAAAAUACAGUGGAAUCAUUCAUUGCUGCAGCAUCUCUAGGUGCUUCUUAUGUGGAAUUCGAUGUUCAAUUGACUAAGGAUAAUAUUCCAGUGGUUUAUCACGAUUUCCUAGUGGCAGAAACGGGUGUUGACGUUCCUAUGCAUGAAUUGACAUUGGAGCAAUUUCUAGAUUUGAAUAACGUCGAUGGUCAUAUGGACGUAGUUAAUCGAAAGGAUAGACGCCGGUCAGUGGAUGAUUUGGAAUCGGGUGUUCAUAAGACCCGAUUUGAUGAUACUAAUGCAAAGGGUGGUGCUCAUGAAGAUGUGUCGAAACUGUUAGAAAACCGUAUGAGGCUUACGAGGACCUAUAAAAAGGACAAUUUCAAAGGUAAUUUUAGAGGUCAUUCGAUCGCAUCUUCAUUCGUCACUUUGAAAGAAUUGUUUAAAAAGAUUCCUCAAAAUGUAGGCUUUAACAUUGAAUGCAAAUACCCGAUGGCCGAUGAAGCUGAGCAGGAAGAUAUUGGACAAAUCGCUGUAGAAAUGAAUCACUGGGUGGAUACCGUUUUACAAGUGGUUUAUGAUAACGCUAAUGGUCGUGAUAUUAUGUUUUCUUCAUUCCAUCCUGAUGUUUGUGUGUUGCUUUCUCUAAAGCAACCAUCGAUACCUAUUCUGUUUCUAACCGAAGCGGGUACUGCACAAAUGGCAGAUGUAAGGGCUUCUUCUUUACAAAAUGCAGUUAGAUUUGCUAGAAGCUGGAAUUUGUUAGGUAUUGUGGCUGCUGCGGCUCCUAUUAUUCAGGCACCCAGAUUGGCACAAGUUGUUAAGAGCAGUGGCUUGGUCUGUGUUACCUAUGGUGUGGAAAAUAAUGAUCCAGAGAAUGCCAACAUUGAAAUGGACGCUGGUGUAGAUGCUGUGAUCGUUGAUAGUGUUUUGGCCAUUAGAAAAGAGCUAACAAAAGCAAAUGCAAAUGCUAGAUAA